UUCCUCUCUCGAGCCUACGCGGAUCUGGAGACUCCCUUGCGGGCUCGUGGGCCGCGCCUUUGCCGCCUGCAGGCCCCGAACCUGACCCCUUCUCUUCAUAUCCGGAUAUGGGUUCCUCCCCACAAGACCCUCCGUCUGGCGUCUUCUCCCUAAAUACUUAGGAAUCUGACCCAUUCUCCCUAAUUCCGCCGAUCCGGCCCGUAGGAGCCAUAUUCCGACCCUAGAACAAUGGGCUGACUCCUACGCCCUUGCUGAGGAUCCAGACCACCUCCCCCACGGUGCCCAGCCUGGGAAAAGAUGGCCCCAUGGUCCCAGAGGGGCCUAGCCCCAGCUCUGCUCUGGGGCCUGAGCCUCUUCCUUGGCCUCCCAGCCCCCGUGUGGGUCCAGCCCUCUCUGCCUCCCCAGGCUUCUCCCCCCACUGAGCCCCAUCCAUGUCAUACCUGCCGGGGACUGGUCGACAGCUUCAACAAGGGCCUGGAGAGAACCAUCAGGGACAACUUUGGAGGUGGAAACACUGCCUGGGAGGAAGAGAAGUUGUCUAAAUACAAAGACAGCGAGACCCGCCUGGUAGAGGUGCUGGAAGGCGUGUGCAGCAAGUCGGACUUUGAGUGCCACCGCCUGCUGGAGCUGAGUGAGGAGCUGGUGGAAAGCUGGUGGUUUCACAAGCAGCAGGAAGCCCCAGACCUCUUCCAGUGGCUCUGCUCCGAUUCCCUGAAGCUCUGCUGCCCGCCAGGCACCUUUGGGCCCUCUUGCCUUCCCUGUCCUGGGGGCGCAGAGCGGCCCUGCGGUGGCUACGGGCAGUGUGAAGGGGAAGGGACACGAGGGGGCAGCGGGCACUGUGACUGUCAAGCCGGCUACGGUGGAGAGGCCUGUGGCCAGUGCAGCCUUGGCUACUUUGAGGCAGAACGCAACGCCAGCCAUCUGGUAUGUUCGGCUUGCUUUGGCCCCUGUGCCCGCUGCUCGGGACCUGAGGAAUCAAACUGUUUACAGUGCAAGAAGGGCUGGACCCUGCAUCAUCUCAAGUGUGUAGACAUUGAUGAGUGUGGCACAGAGCGAGCCAGCUGUGGACCCGACCAGUUCUGUGUGAACACAGAGGGCUCCUACGAGUGCCGAGACUGUGCCAAAGCCUGCCUGGGCUGCAUGGGGGCAGGGCCAGGCCGCUGUAAGAGAUGCAGCCCUGGCUACCAGCAGGUGGGCUCCAAGUGCCUCGAUGUGGAUGAGUGUGAGACAGUGGUGUGCCCGGGAGAGAACGAGCAGUGUGAGAACACGGAGGGCAGUUACCGCUGCGUCUGUGCCGAGGGCUACAAACAGAUGGAGGGCAUCUGUGUGAAGGAGCAGAUCCCAGAGUCAGCAGGCUUCUUCUCGGAGAUGACAGAGGACGAGCUGGUGGUCCUGCAGCAGAUGUUCUUCGGUGUCAUUAUCUGCGCUCUGGCCACGCUGGCUGCCAAGGGCGACUUGGUCUUCACUGCCAUCUUCAUCGGGGCUGUGGCGGCCAUGACUGGCUACUGGUUGUCAGAGCGCAGUGACCGUGUGCUGGAGGGCUUCAUCAAGGGUAGAUAAUCCCUGCCACACCUGCAGGAUCUCCUCCCGCCUGGGCUGCCCCCGAGGUAGGACUCUCCCGCCUGGACACUUGAGGCACUUGCUUUAUUUUUGAGAGUGGGGUAAGUACCCCCAGCCCACCUUACAGAGCAGCCCAGGCACCACAGCCUGGGCACGUGAGGCCUCUGCAGUGGAAAAGCAGCCCCAGGGGUGGGCGCCGUGAGGUCUUGGCCCGAGUGCACUGGGCAGGCUUCACAAUGUGUGUGGAUUUUUUAAAAUAAAGUGUCUCCUCGUGGUGGCUGCUAGUGAGCUUUGGCCCCUGCCCAGAAUGGGGAGGGGUCCCUGCAGGGAUGGGCCCAUCACAGCCCCCUCCUGCCAGCUGCAUGCUGCCAGCUCCUGUUCUGUACUCACCUGCCCCCCAGCCACUGAUUUAUUUAUUGAUUCAUCUCAGGAAAUAAAGGUCUUGGAAAAUGGA